AUAUUUUAAACUAAUUACAACACUACAAAUCUAUUACAUUUAUUGAGUGUUAAAAGUAAUGUCCGAUAAUGUAUGUGAGAACGGAUAUGAAGAUUUGGAGGAGGACUUCACAAUUGGAGAGGAGUACCAGGAAGCAGAGGGUGAUUGUGUAGAAGAUGAGUACUAUGUAGAACAGGACGAGGAGGUGUACGAGAAAGAGGAGGAGGAGAAGGAGGAAGAAGUGAAGGAAGAGGAGGUUGCGAUAAAAGAGGAGAAGGAAGAUGAGACGGAGAGAGAGGGGGAGGGUGCGGUCACAUUUGAGGAGAACGAUGAGUUUAAACGUGAGGAGGAAGAAUUAGAAGAAUCGGUAGAGUUACAUGGUGAGGACGAUAUAGUGUUCUCGCAGGACUCAGAACACAACCUUAACGAUACUGCUGAAGAAGAAAACGAAGAAGUGUCUCAAGAUGGGGAUCGUACUGAGGAGAAGGGGGAACAAGAAGAGACUAAGAGCGAGAAGGCAGAAGAAGAGACAGUGAUUGAAUGUACGCUUACUGAAGAGGAAAAGCUUGCAGAGUACAAGAUAUUGGACGGCUACCAGCGCCAGAUUGACGAGGAGCAGUACACACUCCGCAAACUACGCAGCAUCGUAGGACACCAAAGUGAAGAUAUAGAGAGGUGCAGGAAAAAGAUUGCUAGUUAUACUAAAGAAGCAGAGGAUAGAAAAGCUAUGGAAGGGAUGGAGAAACUAAAACUUCUCAAGGCGGACCGUGAGCGGGCAGUGGAAGAGCGCCGUGUAUCAACCGAUGCUUUGACCGAGGUGCGGGCUAAACGGAACGAUAAGGUACAGGAGCUCAAGGAAAAGGGGCUCAGGAUAGACCACAAGGCGAUCUACCUUAUUGAAGAUAAGGCCCUGAAAACCCUCCUGAGAAGCAUCAGGACAACCCUAAAAUACAACAGUUUUGCUACCCUGAAAUACAGCGUUGAGGAGCUCGAUGAUGUCAUAUUCAAUGUGGCUAAUGUAUCGGAUGAGAUUGAUGAAUUUCUGACAUCUCGUGACAUCAAGCCACGUGACAUCAAUAAGCUGAACACAAAGGAAAGGAGGGUCAGUGUGCUGUAUGACAAGCUUAUCAAGUGGAGGCAGUAUAAAGUGGAGGAUCCGGAUAUCCGGGCUACAGAUUACGAGAGCUUCAUGUAUGAUCCUGAAGACAUGUUCUCCGACAGUGAAGAUGACAAGUCAGAGUCUAAGGAGGACAAGAAACGUCAAGACCGGCCACGCCGUGAAAUGAGAGCAGUUCGUGGCGGAUCAACUGACAAAUCUCCCGAAAAAUCUAGCAAAUCUGAAUCUCGCGCCCGAUCUCCGAUCCGCCCUCCCACACCUCCUCCCGAGAAGAGGAAGAGUCCAGCUGCAGCUGCAGCGAGACCAGAGCGACGUGCUGUGCGAGGUGGUUCACCUGAUGAGGAUGAGCCUGUGGAGAAGAGACCUCUCGCAGAGAAGAGACCUCUCCGAGCUGAAAGGGGCGGAGAGUCCUCAAGUGUUGGGCGUGCACCCCCUCGUGAUCAGCCAAUAAGAAAGAGAAGAGCUGAGCCCCUCGACUCUUCAAACUUAAAAAGACGACAGAUGUCCGAAACUCAAGGACGACCAUUCAAAAGGUCUCCAGCUAUGAGAGACACACAGUCCACAAGAGAUGAUAGAAGACCGUCACCUAGAGAAGACCGACGCAGUUCGGGUCCCCAGAAGUUUGAAACUGGUGGAUCUAGGCACGACGACAGACCUGGAAACAGGUCAAGAAACACCGCACUUUUGAGGACACCCGCCGUGAAGUCUAGCUCAGACAGUCGCCGCUCCCCCUCUCUUCCUUUCAGAGGAAGAAAAGAAAACUUUCAGAUCAGUGUCAGGAACGAGUCAUUUAAACCAAGAAGCCCAGUACAAGAAAGGAACUACAGGCACGAUAGAUCACCGCCGCCCAGGCAGGAAAGAUCACCACCACGUGCCAAGACUAGGGGCUACCGCGGCGGUUCCAACUACAGGGGCAGAGGAGGCGGCAGCAGAGGGUCGGGUCGUAGAUCGGACGAGUUCGACAAAAGGCAGGGUGGGAGCGGUUACAGGCGAUAGAAAAUGUCACAUACAGCCAUAAUUAGUGCUUAAUGGACUAAAUUCUAACUGUCGGGUCUUAACAAUGACGUAUUUAGCGACUCAAUGAGAUGUGGUUGCUUAAAGUGUAGACUGAGUAUUUUCUAUUUUAAAUGUUCAUUGUAAUGCUAUCCACUUUUAAUAUUUUUUUAAUUUAUUACAGUAAA